AUGUCGCAUCUCUGCAAGACUGUGUUAUAUGAAGAGAAGAGAAGGUUUGAGGCUCGGGUCACUCAGCUAGAAGAGGAGCUGGAGGAGGAGCAGACUAACUUUGAACUGAUGUCAGAAAGACAAAGGAAGACUGCUCUACAGGUGGAGACUCUGACCGUGCAGCUGCAGGGAGAGAGGAUGCUGACCCAGAAGGCUGAGGCAGCUCGAGAACAGCUGGAGAGGCAGAACAAGGACCUUAAGACCCGGCUGGAGGAGUUGGAGGGAACAGUGAAGGGCAAACACAAGCUCAGCCUCACUGCCCUGGAGGCCAAGAUAGAGACACUGGAGGAGCAGCUGGAACAGGAGAGACAGGAACGAGCCAUUGCCAACAAACUGGUACGAAAGUCAGAGAAGAAACUGAAGGAGGUGGUGAUGCAGGCAGAGGAUGAGAGAAGACAUGCAGACCAGUUCAGAGAACAGCUGGAUAAGUCAAUGGUCCGCCUGAAGCAGCUGAAGAGACAGCUGGAAGAUGUGGAGGAGGAGAACUCUCGCUCCAAUGCCCAGAAGAGGAAGCUGCAGAGAGAGCUUGAGGAGCUCAUGGACAACAGUCAGACCAUGACCCGAGAGAUCACGUCCCUCCGCACCCAGCUCAGCGUUCCUGAAUGGAGGCCAGAUCAGUAGGGCGUGCACCAUUGCCCUUGGCAAUGCGUGGACGUAGAGCAUUGGUUGAUGACUUCUCAUUGGAGAACUCCGACUCAGAGGAGC